AUGGAGCCAGACGUAAGCCAAAGAUUAGAUUUUGACCCUUCUAAGCUCGAAAUCCCAGGUAUACAUAAAGAAGCAAUUUAUCAGCUACGAAUAUUAGAUUUUUUCUCAUUCCCUGCUGCCUUGAUUCUCUCUCACCUAGAAUUUUCUUUCCUCUACCAAAAUAGUUACCUAGACCUUUAUCUUCAAGUUUUGCAAUCGCUUGCCAGAAACUCUCAAUUUCAGGAGCACCUUCCUUAUUGAAUGAACUUCAUGAAUGGCUUCAGAGCAGAAGGAAUGAAUUUUCUUGAUGAUAAAGCAAGUAAUAAUGAAUUUUUAAGUGAACUGAAAGUGCUAGUGAUGGCUUGUGGAGUUGAAAUGCAACAUAAUAGAUCGAGUAUAUUUAAUUCUUCCUUGAUUUUGGCAAGAAAAUUUUACACCUAAAUAAAGAGAAUGUAAACAAUCCUGGCGGCUGCCGAGGUAAUCAAUAGAAUUUUUAUUUAUUGCAAUUAGGUAUAUUUCACAGUAGAAAUUAUAAAUAGCAAUGGAAGAAGCACCUUUAUGAAUAAAGUGGAAACAGAUAUGUGCAUUCCAGUAUUCCUGCAUAAAGAAAGAUGCUCAAUUGUAUAUCCUCUACAAAAAUAUUUUAAAAACGGAAUUAAAGACAUUGCAAAUACCCCAAAAAGGAAAUCUAUAACGUUAGCUUGUGGUGAUGAAAUUGAUAAAGAUGACAUUGAACGCAGUUUAAAAUUAGGGAGAAAUAUUAUUUGUAAGGUUUGCGGGAGAUAUUUGUAUGAGCAAGAGAAAAUCAUAAUUGAAGGAUUGAUCAAACUUCCACAAAAGAGGGUGAGGGAAGAACGAAAUUUUCAAGAAGAUAGUCCAAACAUUCUUCCCCCUGAAUCUGGAUAUCUUAAUAGCCCAGCUAAAACUGGAAAUAAUAAGCCAAAGAAAAAACAAAAUAGAUUAAAGGCUUUCUUUAAACGAUACUCCUGCUGUUCAAUUUUCUAG